CGCGGCGAUGAGUGAAGAGGCUUUGAGUGCGCGGGUCGCUGCGCUGCAGCUGGCUUUUGAACAACAUAGAGAGAAGACCCAACAGGUAUAUGUACACACAGAAUGAACGCCGGACGGAUGGAGAAGACCCAUCGGGCUGGAUAUCUGUGCAUGUUCAGGAGAUACGUAGCAUUAAGGACCGUCAUGAGCAACAGCAGGCGGCGUUGGCGCAAAAGGCACAGGUGAAUAAAUGAACCAUCCACAGUGCCACAACGCAGGCAGUGCAGAUCUGUGUGCACACAUGCGUGUAGGAGUCUGCUGGGGAGGCUCGCCUCCGUUCUCGGCUGGAGAGUGAGAUAGCUGCCCGCCAAGCACUCGCACAGCAAGUGCAGGUAAGAGAUAGCUUCGGAGAAGGGCUAAUGACGUCUGGCUCUCUGCUGGCUGGCUCUGUGUGCGUGUCAGGAGCAGCGUCGGUAUUUGGUUGAAGAGGUGUCGAUUGACGUGAGAGUGGAGUUCGAUGAUGAGAUCAAAGAGGUCAAGGAGACCAUCGAGGAGGUGAUGGCUGGGGUCUGCUACAACCUCGAGCAAAUAGCGUUUCACUACGGCCGAAACGUUCCAUCGGUAAGCAGCAGGCAUCACCAAAGUUUCGCCGCCAUGCAGGUUACUCAUUCAUUCGGGCCAUACACAUAUAUGUAUGCUGGCUGCAGAGUAAGGGUUUGAAGCUCAUGAUGGUGGCUGACCAGCUGUGCCAGCUCGGCAAACAGGUACAUAUGCAUCCGAGACACGGCACAAACGUGUGUGUUAAUCGUGGGUUUGUGCGUGCAGUUCUUGCGUUUGUCCUCGCUGUGCGGCCAAUACCGUUUCCUUCGGGAGUGGCUGGGUGGCUUUAUGGCCCUCAAAUCAAUGAACCUGCUAUACAAGUAAAGAUUUUUCACACACACACACACACACACACUUUUACUUGGAUCGAAGGCGUCUGUAUGCGUGUUCUUCUUCUCUAGGUCGUCACGGGAUGGCCAGAAGUACCCAACAUUCCUCGACAAGACCCGUGGCGUCCCCCGGCCAUUCAUACUCAUCCGUUACGGUCCCAGCCACCUCUUUGGCUGCACCAUCGACGGGCCGCUCACAGAGCCCGAAGACCCUCAACAUUACGCAUUCACCCCCCGCCCCGUGUCCCUCUACAGCAUCAGCGGCGCGUAUGACAUGCCUUGUGAGAUCCCCAUACCAACAGAUAAGCCACAGGUGGUGGGGGUGGUGGGCCGGGAGGUAACGAACCACAGCGCAUCAGCUGUAUUGAUUAGUGCGUGGGAGGUGGCAAACCUGCGGUUGGCGUUUGCGAGGCCUGGCACGACUGUUACCCCCAGCGCGUCGUCCAUGUUGGUCAGGAAGGAGCAUUUGCCGAGGGGCUUCCAGGGCCCGACGACCAGGGACUCACCUGACGGCGUCUACGGCACUCUGGCAGGUGUGGCGUACUUCAGCCCCACUGAAGUGGAGGUGUGGGCUCUGACACCCUAGAACACAUACAAUCGGUGAGGAAAUCAUGCAAAUACGCAACGCAAUACGGUCUGAUGUCGUAUCGGUCCCUUUCUGUCUCAGAUGGGUGCCUUCGUAGCUGGAGUAUAUCUUGCGGGCGCGUCGCCAGCGGCAUUAGUGUGUGUGUUUUGACCGCCGCCUUGCCGAUUCCAUGUCCACUUCCCUACGGACAAUGCAUGUGAGCUGACCAAACACUAUUGAUGGAUGGACUUGAUCGAUGUGGUUGGGUGCGACCGCAAUGAUUUCAUGCAAACGGCGUGCGUACAGCGAUUAACGGCCCAGCUAAGUGUGACGGUCCACACACAGAAACAAAUGGCGUCCAUAACAAGACCAGACACUGCAGCCGUGCGUGACAUGCCCGCAUUCGUGUCCUCAUGUCUCUCUCCCUCUGCGUGUUUGAGUGUGAGUACAUUGAAUCCCUCCC